AUUGAAUCCAAGUCAGGAGAAUAGAGAAUGUACAAUUACACUGGUUAUCAGCAAGGUGGCCAGUUUACGGGCCAACAGCCUCUCGGGUAUCAACCAACUGGCUACGGUCAAUUGCCUCCUCAGCAGACUGGAUUUCAAGCGGGAUUUCAACAACAACAACAGCCUCCAACAACUAGUUUCCAAUCUCAAUUGAAUCAACCAGUUGGAUUUGGUGCUCAACAGCCUCUAUAUGGCCAACCUACAGGAUAUGUCCAACCACAGCAAACAGGUUUUGUUCAACCUCAACAAACUGGAUACGUAUCAAAUCAAUUUGGACAACAAUCACAAUUUGGUUUGCAACAACAGCAACCACAACAACCGAUAGCUCCACAGAAAACUGGCUUCUCAUCAGCUGCUCAAGGUGUUGAGAAAAAUGAAGAGUUAAAAAUUCCAAACAUUAGAUUGUCUUUCUUGACAGCUCAUGAUCAACAAAAGUUUGAAGAUUUAUUCAGAAGUGCUGUUCCAAAGAAGUCUUUUGCAAUUAGUGCUGAUGCUGCUAGAGAUGUCUUGAUGAGAUCAGGAUUACAACCAAACCAACUAGCUAGAAUUUGGGAGUUAUCAGAUCUUAACAAAUCUGGUCAAUUGUUAUUUCCAGAGUUUGCUCUAGCAUUACAUUUGUGUAAUGUUGCUUUGAAAGGAUUACCAAUCCCAUAUCAACUAGAAUCUAAUGUCAAAAACGAAGUGGAAGGUUUCGUUGAUGCCAUUAAUUUCAGCAUUCCAGAUGAUAAUGCUCCUCAAAGAUCAACACCAUUUGACAAUAUUUCACAACAGCCUCAACAACAAAGUGCAAUCAGUCAAUUAAGUGGAAUUCAAAUGCAACCUCAACAAACUGGAUUCCAGCAACCUUUGUUAUCUCAAGCAACUGGAUAUCAACCACUACAAGCUCAAGCUACUGGAUUUCAACCAUUACAACCUCAAAGAACCGGAUUCCAAGCAUUACAAACACAAACUACUGGUUAUCAACCUUUGCAACAACAAGCCACUGGCAUCCAACAGCCUUUACAAAGCCAAACUACGGGGUAUCAACCAAAUUAUAAUCCACCAGCUCUUCUACAACAACAAAAAACUGGUGUUGGUAACAACGGUAUGUUUUCAUCAGGUUUAUUACAACAACAAAAGACUGGUGUAGGUAAUAAUAACUUGUUUCAAUCAAGCUAUUUACAGCCUCAACGUACCGGUUUCACUGGUUUCUCUCAAUAUCAAAACUUGCCACCACAACAGAAUCAAGAAUUCAUCAAACCUCAAGAAAAGGCCUUGUUUAGCAAAAUUUUUGAUACUUAUGAUACAAGCAAAAAAGGUCAAUUAGAUCCAAGCUUAUCUGCUGAGAUAUUUAGAAAAUCUGGUUUAAAUCGUUCAGAAUUAGAAAAAGUGUGGAACUUGAUUACAAAUGAAAGCACAACCCACUUAAAUAAAGAAUCUUUUUCACUUGGUAUGUGGUUGAUUUAUAGAAAGUUGAAUGGGAAUGAAUUGCCAAACCGCUUGCCUGAUUCUUUAUUACCUGAUAGCGUUAAGAAUGUGAAUUAUGUUAAAAAUCAAUUGAAAAAUACACCAUCAUUUGGUAAACCUUCAACAGCUUUUUCUAAUUUCAAAACUGAGGGCAAUGCUAGUGAUAUGAACUCUUCCAGAAACAGAAGGAAAACAGAUAGUCCUAGUAGUGACUCAAAAUCUUCAAUUGAUGCUUUAAAGGGACAAGUUCAAGAUAAACAACGUCAAUUGGAAUCUUUGAAUGCUGAAAGUGCAAAGAAGGCCGAACAUAAUGCUAAAGAGUUACAAGAAAUUGAAGAUUUGAAAAACAAAAUUAGAACGUUGCCUAAACCAAAUAUAUCAAAUGAUGCAUUACAACAGAAGGAUAAAUUAAAUACAUUGGUUUCAAGAGUUCCAAAUUUACUUAAUGAAAUCUCAAGAAUAGAUAAUGAUAUCACAAACUCAAGAAUUGAACUUUACAAGAUUCAACAUCCAUCUUCAAUUGUUGGUUCCGGUCCAAAUGGUGAAGUUACCGAAUCUGAUAAAAGAAAGGCAAAAAGUAAGGCUUUAUUAGCUCAAAGAAUGGCUGCUUUAACUGGUAAGACAGUCUCAGAUCCAACUGCUGAUUUUGAAAAUGAACAACAGCAAUUGAAUGAAGAAGUUGUUAAAAUAAAGUCCAAGAAUAAAGAGACCCAAGAAAUUAUUUAUGAUAUUGAAAAGACAAUUAAAGAUAUUUCAGAAGGUGUUUUAAAUAGUUUGAAUAAAGAUAGUGAUCCAACUAGUUACAAGAAAUGGGAAUUAGGCUUGGAUGUUCAACCAGAUGUUGCUGAAUUGAUCAAAUCUUUGAGAAUAAGCAGUCCUGCUCCAUCACAAGCUACUAGAUCAUCAAAUAAUGCUCCUUCAUUAUCUGCUUCAAAUUCUUAUUCUUCACCAAGUGCUUUAAGUCCAAAACCUUCAACUCCAGAUUCAUAUUCUAGUUACAAGAGUCCUGAAGAUAGAGCCGCUUAUAUUAAAGAACAAGCAAAGAGAAAGAUGAAUGAAAGACUAGCUAAAUUUGGUAUUUCAAGACAUGGUGGAUCCAAAGCAGAAACUCCAUCUCCUGCUGCUUCACCUCAAGUGAACACUCCUCCACCAGUUCAAGAAAAGCCACAACAACCUCCAAUUAACUCUCAACCGGCACCUCAAGCACAAUCUCCUGCACCUCCAAAACCACAACAACCUUCAUUCCAUGCACAAGCGCAAGCCAAGUCUGCACCACCACCGCCACCAACUUCAAGAACUACACCAAAGGCAUCAGCACCAGCUAAGACAACUGAAGAAUCUGAGGAGGAAGUUGAUGAAGAAGAAUUAAAAUUACGCCAACAAUUGGAAGAUUUGAAGAAGAAGAAAAAAGCUGAUAAAGAAGCUAGAUUGGCUCAUUUACGUAAAGAAUUAGAAGAUGCUGAACAUGAAGAAGAAAAAGAGGAAGAAUCUAUACCACAAGCUCCAGUCAAGACGUUUGCGCCUCAACCAAAAACAGCUUCACCUCAAGUUUCUACUCCACAACCACAACCAGCUCAAGCUGAACCAAGUGCUGAUAAAGAUUUGAAACAUCAUGAUACUAAUCCAUUUGCUAAAAAUCAAGCUCCUGCUUCUAUCUCAUCAAACAAUCCAUUUGGUAAACCACAAGCAUCCCAACAAGCUCCAAAAGGUCCUCAACCUAUAGCUCCAGCUCCAGCUCCAUCUCAAGCCCCAUCAUUUAAUUCCAAGAAUGCUGAGGCCCAAAGAAAUGCUCAAAGAGGAUUGAAUAACAAUGACGAUGAUGAUGGUUGGAGUUCUGAAGAAGACAAGAGUGAAGAUGAAGAUGAAAUUCCAAAUCGUCAAGGAGCUGCUCAUUUGGCUGGGUUGUUGUUUUCAGGUAUGGGUCCUGCAAGAACUAAUUCUAAUUCUCAAGUUUCUACACCAAAGCAAGAACAAAACAAAUUAUUUGAUAAUGUUAAAGAGAAACCAGUUCCUAUUGCUGCUCCUAUUCCAAGUGCUUCCUCAUCCAAUAUUGUACCUCAAGCUCCAGUGCAACCUGAACAACAACCUGUUGCUCCACCAAUUCCACAAGCCCCAGCUCAAGAUUCACCUAUCCCACCAACUCCACCUUCACCACCAUAUCCUACUGAAGAAGGUCCAGCAGACGAUGCAUUUGCAGCUCAUCCUCAUCCUGAGUUAAAUGAAGAUAGUGUGCCAUCUGAUGAUGAUCAAUUUGUUGAUUCUCUGUCAACUCCUGCUGCUCCUUCACCUGCUCCUGAAGCUCCACCAUUACCACAAGCUAGUGCACCUCAGUUACCAGAUUCAAUUCCACCACCAUUACCACCGUCAAGUGCCCCUGCACCACCACCAUUACCAGAUACAAGUGCACCACCUCCACCACCUUUACCAGAAACAAGUGCGCCACCUCCACCACCUUUGCCGCAAACAAGUGCACCAUCAACUCCUUCAUUUUUUGAACAAAGUGCACCAGCACCACCUCCAUUACCAGAAUCUUCAGCACCAGCACCACCUCCAUUACCGGAAUCAUCAGCACCAGCACCACCUCCAUUACCACAAGCUAGUGUACCUCCACCUCCACCAUUACCUCAGGCCAAUGCACCACCAGCACCACCUCCACCACCUCCAACAGGAGCACCAGCACCACCAGCACCACCAGCACCACCAGCACCAGCACCAUCAGCUUCUAAUCCACCUCCAGCAGCUCCAAUUGGUGGUGGCUUGCCAUUCCUUGCCGAUAUACAAAAAAGAAGAGAUGAUAGAAAUGUUGUGGGAUAA